AUGCGUUCAUUAUCUGUCAUCAUAUCUAACGGUGCCACUGUUCUCGCCGAACCAUGGGGACCACUUCAGACAUUGAAUCCCUAUACCAGUCUCGCCUUCCACGCCCUCGUUAUAUUAUCUCUCUCAGGGCUGGCUGGUAUUCUCUAUAGUAAAAUCCGUGAGAGAAUUGCAUUUCACUCAGCCCAGAUCAAUCACGGCUGCCAGAAGCCUCCGAGCUACCCACAUAAAGGCUGGAUCAGCCUUGACCUGGUGCGGGAGCGACAAAUUUCAAGCGACGAGGGGCAUCUCACGGCCCAUUACGACUACUGGUUCAACCGGCUGGGGCACACACGGGAGGAGACGCUGGCUGGUCAGCGGCUCAUCAAUCCAAUCGACAUCACCAACGCUCGAGCAGUUUUCCACGCUGAUAUGAAUACGCUUGGUAGGGCAGGGGGCUUCCACCGCAAAGACCUCCUCGGUCCGGGCAUAUUCUCCUCCGAUGGACCUCGCUGGAAGUUCUCUAGAAACAUGAUUAAUUCGCUAUUCUCAAAGGCAGAAGUCCGAUCUACAACCAUGUUGAAGAGACACGUUGAUCGUCUUAUUGCGCAAAUACCACGUGAUAGUAAUACGAUAGAUGUUCAGCCCUUGCUAAAGAAAAUGAACUUCGAUGCGUCCGCAGAGUUCAUCUUCGGCAAAUCCACAGACUCUUUGCUGCCGGAAACGCCGUAUAGCAACGGCAACUUGAUCGAGGCCUUCAACUACGCCAGCGCUGGGUCUCUGAAGCGACGCAAAGCAGGGCUACUUGCCUUCAGAUGCUCGUUAGACCGAAGGUAUACCAGGGAUGUGGCCUGGGUGCACACGUUCGUCGACCAAGAAGUGCGGCGCGUGCUCAACCAGCCUUCUGACGCCGACGAAAGCAAACCGAAUAGGUGGAACUAUAUGACUACACCUCCGGAAUUUGUGCCUUUUGGUGGUGGCCGGAGGAUUUGUCCCGCAUACCAUCAAGUGUAUCUUCAGUCAGCCUAUAUCUUUAUACGGCUUACCAAAGAGUUUGAGGACAUUGAGAACCGGGACCCGGUGUUGGAGUAUAUUGAGCUUGACCGGAAUCUUACGGAAAGCCGCAACGGCGUCAAAAUUGGGCUGACCGUAGCUAAAGCCUAG